AUGGCGCAGGCCGGUGGAUCCUACAACAACCCCUUGAAGAAAUUCAAGCUGGUUUUCUUGGGAGAGCAGAGUGUCGGAAAGACGUCUCUGAUCACGAGAUUCAUGUACGAUUCGUUCGAUAACAUGUACCAAGCGACCAUUGGGAUCGACUUCCUGUCAAAGACCAUGUACCUCGAGGACAGGACGGUCCGGUUACAACUCUGGGACACGGCAGGCCAGGAGAGGUUCCGAAGUCUGAUUCCCUCAUAUAUCCGCGACUCGAGUGUGGCGGUUGUUGUCUACGACAUCUCCAAUGCAAAGUCCUUCCAAAACACCAAGAAAUGGAUUGACGACGUUCGGGCUGAGCGAGGACACGACGUAAUCAUCGUGCUGGUGGGAAACAAGACCGACUUGAACGACAAGCGUGAGGUGACCACCCAACAGGGUGAGGAUGAAGCCAAGAAGAACAACUUGAUGUUUAUGGAAACCAGUGCCAAGCUUGGCCAUAACGUGAAGAACCUCUUCAAGCGGAUAGCGCAGGCAUUGCCGGGCAUGGAGGGUACCGAUGCGGCCGCGCAAGCAUCCAGUCAAAUGAUCGACGUCAAGACAACGGAGACGGAGAGCCCGCUGCUGUUGUUCUCCCCCAUCACCAACCUACCGCUGUGCAUCACGCUGAAAGCUGCCCAGACGACCUCCAUAUUUGCGCAGAACGUUACGCUCAACAUGUCCAAGUUUACGAGGCUGUAUUUGCGCCCCCCCCGCCCUCAGAGUCUCUUUGGCCUCGUCAGUCUCCAGACGGGGACAGAGCUCAUCACCAUGGCCAUCGUCUUCAAUAAGGUCACAGGCGUAUACGGCCUAUUGGCAAUCCUCACUGGCUAUCAGCUGUCGCUCCUGCAACUCUCGACAUACCUGUACUCGAUCGCCGUGCUUGCCGCCCUCGUCUAUCUGAUCCCUCACAUUCGGCGACAAAGCCCAUUUGAAUGCCUGGCGCUGGCAUGGGUGUACGUUUUCGACACGGCCAUCAACGCCCUCUACACGGCUGCGUUUGGGGUCGAGGUGUACCUGGCCAGCACUGCAUCCGAUGGGACCGACUCGGCCUCGUCGGUGUCGGUUUCCGGUGUUUUUGCGGAGGGCUUUCAGCGGGAGACCGAGGUUCACGGCAAGGUUGUGCCUCAAGAGACGGCGGCAAGCAUGGUCUUGAUCGUCGGACUGACGCUGAUCCGGGUGUAUCUGAGCGUCGUCGUCAUGGCGUAUGCGCGGCAAGUGCUCCAAAAACACAUGCAGCUGCUCGCGGCCGAGGGUACUGGGAUGGAUGAGCAGGCAGGCCCUUUUGCCGUGCAUCUCCCCGACGGCGAUGGGCGAAGGGGUUGGAUGGGCAGGCUGAUGGUGUCGCCGGGCAGAGGGUACUGGCUUACCAUUGACGAGACAGAAGAGUGGUCGAGGGGUCAGCAUGGCAAGCCGAGCGCUGGAGGGAUGCUGGCGGGAGAGGUUUGA